ACCAAAUCAACACAUUGUCUCUGUCCCGCUAUUUCUAACAGACUCAAAAGCUUCGCUGUUCACCAACCCUAGUAACAAUUAGUCUCAUCAUGCUGCCCGUCGCCCCCAUGGACCAAUUGCAGCUUCCGGAGCUAGUAAGGGAUACAGAACUACGGACUCGAUUUGAAACUCCCUACACUAUACAUGAGUUUCUUGAAGCUCCUCACUCUCUUGCCCCCGCACGGCGAGAAGUUUGGAAGAGAGUCAAAACAAUUGGCCAAGGCGGGUUCUCAUACGUCUGCCUUGAAGAAUGUGUCCAGGGACAUGCAGAAGACACACCGCAAUCGCGUGCGGUCAAGGUAAUAUCUUCGAGGCAAGAUGCUGAUGCCAUGUCGUAUUCUCGGGAGUUGGAGGCUGUAGCCAAAUUCUCUCAAAAAAAGUUCAUGACUUACUUUGUGAAAUCAUUUGGCUGGUAUCGGGGGCCAGAGGACCUUUUCAUAUCACUUGAGUAUUUCCCUCUAGGGGACUUGCAGUCCUAUAUGAAUCGGACAUCGCUUCUUCCUGAGGAUGAGGUUCGACAAAUCACCCGACAAAUUCUCUAUGCGCUCAGCAUUUUGCAUGAGGAAGGAUUUGCACAUCGAGACCUGAAACCUGCUAAUAUAUUAAUCAAAUCUUGCCCUCCUUCUGCCUGGUGGAUUAAACUCAGUGACUUUGGAUUAAGUAAAAGAGCCAGUGUUACGCAGAUGCCCAGUGUUGCAGGUGGAACUCCUGGGUUUAUGGCGCCGGACGUUAUAGAAAUACUGCACUAUCGGGAAAGUGGUGCCAUGAGUGGUCCACCGUCUAUUCCCCAUGAUGUAUGGGUUGCUGCCGAUCUUUGGAGCAUGGGGGAGACUCUUGUUCGGAUGGCAUCAGGCAAGGCGACAUUUCGAUCACUCGAGCACCUAAUGGGCUUCUAUUUGGGUAGGAUACCAUUUCCACUUCCCCAGUCAAAGGGUUCAGGGCUGAGUCUAGAUAUGCUUGAUUUUAUUCAACAAGCCAUGACUGCCAAAGCCACUGACCGUAUCACCUCUCACGCGGGCCUGUCACACCCCUGGGUCGAAGCAUCAGUAGAUCUUAAGACUAGGUCCUUGGUCUUUCCCCUUCAACCUCCUACUGAAAGUCUUUCGAAUGGUCCAGUUUCUGAAAGAGAGUACCGAAGUUGGACCACGUCUGAGUUCGCAGAAAACACAAACCCGGUUGUGGCGAACUCAGUGUCACGGGUGGUGGGGGUGUCGCAGAAUAUGACAUUCCAGCCGCCGGUCAGGCGUAAACCACUUCCUAGCCAACGGAUCAUUGGUGAUAAAAGCCUUUCCAAUCCAGCAACUGAGGUCUCGGUUAAAGUUUCUUCACUUGUUGAAACGCAGACCGAACUGGGCUUUCUUUCAGCCCCAGUUCCAAUUACCUUGACGUCUGAACAUUCUCAGGUGUUUAUGGAUGAGCCUCCUAGGCUUGAGUCUGUUGCGGAUAACAACAGCGUUGAUGUCGCAGAACCUGUGAUCAAUGAUCAAUAUUUACAAUUGAACGAGAUUUUACUUGAGACCGGACGGGUCCAUUUGCAAUCAAGUCCGUUGCAGCCAGUGAAGGCUUUCAAGGAGAAAGUACAUUGUGUCGAGUUCUUGCCCGAUUCACGAAGGUUAUUUGUUGCAACAGGCAAGGAUCUUGGUUGUUUUGAUGAGCUUAAUCAGCCGGUCAAAACGAAACGACUUGAUAGCUCUCACAGUAUCACCUGCCUAGCUAUAAGCCCGGAUUCAUGCUACGCCGCCCUGGCGACGGACCACGGAGAGCUUCAAGUCGCUGAGCUGAGGACUGGGCUCGUGUUCCACACUAUUUCAACACUACAAUCUAGACCACGACACGUUGCUUUCUCGAACAAUAGUCAGCUCAUCGCCUGCGCCCUUAACGAUAAGUCACUCAUUCUUGUCAAACUUUCAACUGGAUAUGUCGUCAAAAAGCUCAAAAGCUUUAUUUCGGGUCACAAGGGACCAGUGACCUGGUCUUCAUUCACGAGGGAAGGGCGCAUUCUUUCACUUUGCGCUGGUGGUUACCUCUGUGCUUGGGAUAAUACAGAUGACUACAAGCUCAGACAAAGGGUUUCAGUAGGAGAUACCCUCGUUCAGGCCUCUGCUAAGUUCUCGGAUACCAUCGCGUUUGCGGCAGGUGAAAUUGUCCGCAUUUGGCACACCGAACCACAAUUGACCAACAGAUUCCAUCACGACAUUACAUACAGAAACGGUAUCGUCGGGUCUUUGGACUUCUUGUCGUGUGGAACCCGCUUACUACUAGGUCGUGAAUAUGGCACCUUCGAGCUAUGGAGGCUUACCGAGCCCCCCGAGCUAAUUGUCACACUAUCAGGGCGAGAUUGGAGUCCUACUUGGACCCUUUGCACGACAUCGUUAUCUUCCAACACAUCUCAACUUGCCAUGACAAACCUAGAUGGAACGGUGCGCACUUUGGACAUUCGAAAUGCCAUUCGGGUCGACACUAUCCGAAUGCAUGCUAGUCUUGCUGUGUUUACAAGUAUUUCAGGCGACGGAACCAAAGUUGCUUCUAUCUGUCCGAAGCCCUCAUCCAUGAAACACACAGCCUAUCAUCGAACUGUAAUUAUUUGGGAUUUACAAACAGAAUCUGCCAUGCACUUCCUACAGAUUAAAACCAACAGCAUACACGAUGCGAUUUUCUCGCCAGAUUCACAGAAACUCGCGGUUAUCUCAACUAAUGGAUCUGCCACGAUAUGGGCAGUCGGUACCGGCAAAUUAACCAACGUGGUUGGUCGGCCUUUCCAUUCGGACUACACUUUGGCCUGCGCAACAAUAUCGUCUGACUUUGGUCUUCUGGCGACUGUUGAGUACAAUAAGAUCCAUUGGGGAAUUCGUGUUUGGAAUGUCGAAAACGGGACUACAAGAUGUUUUCUUGGCUGGUAUGAGAUCACUAAGCAAUCAUACCUGGAAUCCAAGGCUGCGUUGCGAGAAGCUCCCAAAGCCCUCAGGUUCCUGAACGACUCGUCAAGGCUUGUAGGUGGCAAUUGGCACGGUAUCUACGUCUGCGAUAUUGGCCAAGGAAGCAUGCAGUAUUAUUCAUCGGAGACAUCGAAGCAAGCUCAUCAGGAUCCCAUGGGCAAAUUGAUAAAACAAAAUACCGGGGAAGCCAUCAAGGAGUGUUUUAAUGUUUCGCUACGAGAAAGGAAAAUCGCUCAAGAGCCCUACCGUUGGAAUCACGACUUGGCCGUUUCGCCGGACUCCGAAACUGCCGCCUUUUUAUCAGCCGAUGGCACGGCGUAUUUGUAUGAUCUCAAAACCCAGCAAGAGCCAACUGUGUUUCAGGGCUGGUACGGCUCAGGCAAAGUGGCCAUCUCACCAAAUUGGCAAUUUCUUGUAACGACGUCGCAUGAAAACAAAGUCCUCAUCUGGGACAUUUCUUCGGGGGAUAUUAUCGAAAUCCUCCAUACAGCUGAGUCUCCAGCGAGGGCCGUCAUGUUCUCAUCUGACUCAAGGCUCAUCUUCAUCCUAUCAGAGGGAGGACUUCUCGUGUACGAUACCGGAUCUCCGCAACCCCCGAGUAUAAUUCCAGGGUUUCCAUCCUAUGUGCGAUCACUAUCGUUUUCACCCAAGUUGGGGCGAGUAAUAGUUGCUUCUGCAAGCGAUGGCGUACAGAUUUGGGACUAUAGUAAGGGUUUAAUUAUUCAAACUUUUAAUGGCUAUAAAUCCAGACUUAAGACAUCUGAGAUAUUGUUUUCAGGUAGAAUCUUUUAGGUUUUAGUAUUUUAAUAGCUUAAUUUAUUUCUUUAUACCUCAAGGGAGGAUUCUACCU